AAGAAAGUCGUCAAGACCUCUGGUAAGAAGAUCCAAAAGGGUGACUUCAAGAAUUUAUUGGCUCCUAGACCAAAGGAUAUCGGUAUUGGUAGAGAUUUGGGCGCUAAGAUGAACUUGACUAGAUUCGUCAAAUGGCCAGUUUAUGUCCGUCUCCAAAGACAAAAGAGAAUUCUCUUGAAGAGAGUCAAGAUUCCACCAGCAAUCAACCAAUUCAGAAUUGUUGCUGAUAAGCCUUUGGCUCACUCUGUUGUCCAAUUCCUUGCUAAAUACAAGCCAGAAGAUGAACAACAAAAGAAGGAAAGACUCAGACAAGCUGCUAAGGAUAAGGUUGAAGGUAAGGCUGCUACUCCAAAGAAGAGUGAAUCCUCCCUCAUCCACGGUAUUAACGAAGUUGUCAAGGCUGUUGAAAGAAAGCAAGCUUCAUUGGUCGUUAUUGCUCACGAUGUUGAACCAAUCGAACUCGUUUUGUUCCUCCCUGCUUUGUGUAAGAAGCUCGAUAUCCCAUACGUCAUUGUUAAGUCCAAGUCCAGAUUGGGUCAAUUGGUCCACAUGAAGAACUGUGCUGCUGUUGCUUUGACUGAAGUCAAGAAGGAAGAUAGAGAUCAAUUCGCCAAGAUUGUUGAAGCCGUCAGAGGUGCUUUCGUUGACAGAUUCAGAACUGUCAAUACCAAGUGGGGUGGUGGUCAAUUGAGCAAGAGAUCAAUCAUCGAACAAAAGAACAGAAUCAAGAAGCUCAAACAAUAA